AUGUUCACUCUCAAGUUUGCAGGAUCUAUCAUGAGUUCUGCAGAGGAGGAGCAUCCAACGGCGAGCGGCUCAGUUGAAGUUGGAGGAGAGUCGAUGAUUGCUGGGAGCGAGGGUGGAGCUGUUGGAGGGAACGACGGAGGGUUCGUGCAAGGGCACUCGGCGGACUUCAGCAACAUCGACGACGGCUCGAACUCCAAAGCAUCGAAGCCUCAUGGUGGGAUGGGACUCUUUGCGAACGCGUGGAAAGCUGCGCAGAAGUUGGCGAGCGACAUCGGGGCAGGAGACAUGCUGCACGACAUGAAGUCUCAGAUGAACAAAGUCAAGGCGCAACAGUACGGCGACAAGCUGAAGCUCGUGGAGUCGACGGAGGAUGUGGAGACUGCGAUGGCGUACAUCAAGGAGACCAAGAUAAAGUACGCUCACCUGCUCUCCGUCCUUCAGGACAUGGCGGUAGAGAACGCAAAGAUCGCUGGCCCCCUGAGACGCGUUGGCGCUGCCUUUGUCAAGUGUGCCACCAUUAGUGAUCGGGUGGCCCGAGACUUGGCGACUAGCGGGAAGGAGAGUUUCUUCAAGGAGACACCCACGUAUCAGCAGGACCUCAACGAAGCGCUCAUGGUUACUUCAGGUGCCAUGCUGUACCAGGCUGACAGAUCGCAGAGCAUGUACACGACGAGUGAGACGAUGGACGCGUCUCGUGCGAACUUCGAGCAGGGAAAUUACUCCACCAAGUACUACACGAAGCAGGAGAGGUUUGGCCCGGGCCCCAUCUCCGAGCUGACACAGGUGGUGGAGGAGCUGGUGAGGAACGAGAUCGGAGAUGCUGUGCGAAUGAGGAACAAGGUCCAGCUGCUGUCCAUGUACAAGACUGCUCGAUUGGAUGCGAGCAUCCAGCAAAGGGAGCUGGAGGACAGCAAGGGGAAAGGGAAACUGAGCGACGAGGAGGUGAAGGAGUUGGAGGAGGACCUCGAGAAGAAUCUUCAAACGAUGAGCAACGCGAGGGAGGACAUGCUUUCUGCCUACAAGGCCCUCUGCCAGAGCAAGAAGAAAGUAGCUGCGAGUGUUGAGAAGCUCCUGGAGGAGGAGAAGAACAUGCACGCAGAGGCGAUCAAGUCGCUGCGCAACACCCUCAAGUCCCUCCCCAACGCCCCGAUCGAUCUCUCGGAAGGAUGA